CUACUGCGCAUGCGCAGACAAGGGGGCUGGGUUUGUUUAGUGUGACCAAAUGUUUUGUUGCUUCUUGCCUCUGAAUGAGAUGGAUCAGAUGAGCUAAACACGGACACCUGCGACGGUAAACGCUUCUCAGUGACCUUGUACCUGCCUACAAGAAGACAAAGCCAUGGGGAAUACAAGCAGCGAGAGGGCUGCCAUGGGCCAGGGGGACAAGGCUCAGCGGAGGGACAGCCGAGGUACCAAGGACGGAGGGGGGCCAAAAAUCCUGAUGGACAGCCCCGAGGACGCAGAUAUUUUUCACGGUGAAGACAUGAAAGCUCCUUUAGAGAAAGAGGAGUUCCUUGCAUGGCAGCAAGACUUGGAAGCAGAUGACAAAGGGCCAACUCUAGACCGACCGACAGUCUUUCGCUGGACCGGAGACGGCAAGGAGGUCUACCUCUCUGGAUCCUUCAACAACUGGGUCAACAAGAUUCCCCUCAUUAGAAGCCAGAACACCUUUGUGGCCAUUGUGGAUCUACCUGAAGGGGAGCAUCAGUACAAGUUUUACGUGGACGGCCAGUGGACCCACGACCCAACUGAGCCAGUUGUAACCAGUCAGCUCGGGACAGUCAACAAUAUCAUCCAGGUGAAGAAAACUGACUUUGAGGUGUUUGAUGCUCUAAUGGUGGACUCGCAGAAAUGCUCUGACAUGUCAGACCUCUCCAGUUCUCCUCCCGGGCCGUAUCAUCAGGAUGCCUAUGUUCCUAAAACGGAAGAGAAGAUUAAGUCUCCACCCAUACUCCCACCUCACCUGCUACAGGUCAUCCUCAACAAAGACACUGGCAUUUCUUGUGACCCUGCAUUACUCCCAGAACCCAACCAUGUCAUGCUCAACCACCUCUACGCUCUUUCCAUUAAGGAUGGAGUGAUGGUGCUCAGUGCGACACAUCGCUACAAGAAGAAGUAUGUCACCACCUUGCUAUAUAAACCCAUCUGAUUUUAAGACUUUUUAAUCCUGUCCCGAGUGUGUUAACUGUACACUGAGUGUACAAAAUAUCUGCUCCAUCAGCUCUUUCUAGAACGUAGAGAGAGUAGGUGAAUCCAGGACUGGAUGAGAAUCUUAGAUUAAGCUAAAGAUGACAAGAGGUUAUCAGCUCUGAGAUUAUAUUUUGUACACUCACUGUAUAUUCAGUUAUUGUACACAUCUGUUUAGGACGAUAAAUGUCACUCAGUCACCCCAAAUCCUACAUAAUCUGCCUUUAUUUGUUCACCGAUUUGCCCUCUGUAGGUUUCAACAACACUAUCUUUGCUUAGUAGACAUAGAGAGGCAGUAAUAACGAAGGUUGGACACUAUGGCGUGUCUGUGAUCAAAACAGACAAAACUAAUGCUGGGGGAAAUGUGACUGAAAGUCCUCUGAUUAAUGAGGUCGCUGUGUUUCCCACGAUUGAGAAGACAACAGCGGUACAAUCAGGAAUGUGAAGGUUGAGGUCAGAGAAGGAAUAAAUGCACUGCAGUAGUUCUCCACUGUUUUUCACUUGCCUGUUUAUCUUGAGAAAAGUGUUUUAUUUAGCGAUAAUGACAAAGCACACAGUAGAUAUUUUCUAUCAUUUGUGAUGUAUUCAGUAAUGUAUUUUUUUACUUUGAUGUGGUUUGUUUUGUUGUCAAAAACCCUUCUAUAUAGUUAGUGACAGUGUUGUGGUCAAGACUUGGAACAAAGAGCAGCUUGUUAGUAAGGGUUAAGACAACGUAGUUUAGACCAAAAACAUAACACAUUAUUAUUUAUUGAGAAGUUAAUUUGGUCUAAACUUUUAUUAGCUCUGCACUAUGAUAACGUUUGUUUUUAAUGUAGAAUAUGCAUACAGUGUAUGUACACUUUCAGCACGACAAUGUAUCAGAAGAAUAAUGCUUACCCUUUUGGACUUCUAAGCAGGUUUAGUUGUUUUCACACUGAAUAACAUAAUUUUACUUCUUUUAUACAAUGUAAAUGCAUUCCACAAAUUAAGAGUAGUUACAGUAUAUAUUAAGAUAGUUGUUCCCCGCUGGCUUAGUCAGCAUGGCGUCAUUGGUUUGUGCCAUGGAACAUUGCCAAUCUUUAGUAGCAGCGCCAGAUGGUUGAUGAAAAAAGACAUAACAGAAAACUAAAUGUUGAGGAUAUGACAAUGAAAAAAACAGUAACGUAAAAGACCAAUAUUGGCUUGAAGAACCACGACACUGAUGAAAGGACGAGCACAGGAUCAUGUGACAGAGUCAGACUGUUAGUGAAGUGAAA